AUGGCUCCCCCUCCCGCCACCAGGGUUCGAGUCACGCCCGAGGAGGUCACGCCCCUGGUGUUGCUCCCAAUCAGCGCGUCUCGAAGGACCGCCUUAUGCGCUGUUAUCUCGCUCUUCGUCGGGGAUUCUCACGGCGAGUCCUGGCUGUGGGCCUCACAAAAUUCUCACACCGUACGUGUGGGUCGCGCUCGCCACGCGGUUGCCGGACGCCACCAAAGCACGACCCAGGAGCCAAGAGCCAUAGGGCGUGUCCUCGGAAGGAUGACGGAGGCGAACCGGAAGGAUGUUCCACUAUGUCCAGGCCGGAACGUUGUCGAAAUCCGCGUGCCAGGACGGUGGGUACAGGUCGUGAAGCGGAUACAGGUCGGGAAGGGGAUACAGGUCGUGAAGAGGAAACAGGUCGUGGGGAUACAGGUUGGGAAAGUUGAUUCAGGUCGUGAAGGGGAUACAGGUUGGGAAGGGGAUACAGGUCGUGAAGGGGAUACAGGUCGUGAAGGGGAUACAGGUCGUGAAGGGGAUACAGGUCGUGAAGGGGAUACAGGUCGUGAAGGGGAUACAGGUCGUGAAGGGGAUACAGGCCGUGAAGGGGAUACAGGUCGUGAAGGGGAUACAGGUCGUGAAGGGGAUACAGGUCGUGAAGGGGAUACAGGUCGGGAAGGGGAUACAGGCCGUGAAGGGGAUACAGGUCGUGAAGGGGAUACAGGUCGUGAAGGGGAUACAGGUCGUGAAGGGGAUACAGGUCGGGAAGGGGAUACAGGUCGGGAAGGGGAUACAGGUCGGGAAGGGGAUACAGGUUGGGAAGAGGAUACAGGUCGUGAAAGGGAUACAGGUCGGGAAGGGGAUACAGGUCGUGAAGGGGAUACAGGUCGUGAAGGGGAUACAGGUCGGGAAGGGGAUACAGGCCGUGAAGGGGAUACAGGUCGUGUAGGGGAUACAGGUUGGCAAGAGGAUACAGGUCGUGAAAGGGAUACAGGUCGGGAAGGGGAUACAGGUCGGGAAAGUGGAUACAGGUCGGGAAAGUGGAUACAGGUUGGGAAGGGGAUACAGAUCGUGAAGCGGAUACAGGUCGGGAAGGGGAUACAGGUUAGGAAAGGGAUACAAUACUUGAAGCGGAUACAGGUCGGGAAGGGGAUACAGGUCGUGAAGGGGAUACAGGUCAUGAAGCGGUUAUGUUACGUACCCGCCCAGGUGCAAGUACAGGUGUAA